GGACUACAGGGACAUUUUACCAAACUGAUGAAAGGACUUCUGGCUUGCUACCAAACCGAGAAAGGGAUUUCUGGACUGCAGAAAAAUUUGGGAACGAGGAAGGAUUCAGCAAGCUAGCCUCAGGUUCAAUGUGUGGUGCUCGCAGUUGGCAGACUUCACGAUCAGCAACAAAAACUAUUAGUAUUUUCUGGGCUUGUUUAUGUUUCUUUCACAUUAUAUAACCUUCGCUGUCUAAUAGGAUUUCAGUAGUAGUUACUGAUAAUUAUUGCAUGCCGACUAGAUGCAUGUGAGGGAUUUUUCCUAGCUUUUUUUGUGUCGUAGAUUUCUGGACAAAGGGCUUAUAUGAGAAGUGGUCUAUCUUUAAAUACCAUUGUGCAUCCUUGCUAGUACAAUCUAAGGAAGGUUUGGGUCCAAACAUCGCCAUGGACCUACGUAUUAGGAUCAUCUGAUAUCAAUCAUGUCCCACUAAAAUAUUAUUUUAGCUUAGCACUUUCUUUUUUAUGUUUUUUUUUUCCCCUUUCUAUUUUGCAUAUGUUUUGUGUUCUUGUUCUGCUAAUCAUAUUGGAUUUUUUUUUUCUUUUUUAUGGGUAGCUGAACAUCAACAUGGUACUGACAAAUGAAUGUUUAAUUUGCUUCUCCUUUAUUAGAAACAUUGUUGGUUUGCUAAAAAAUAAAAACUCUGUACAGGCCCUGCUUUUUUAUUGUAGGCUAAUGAGCACUUUUGUUUCCCGUGAAGGUGGAUGUAAUUAAAUUUGAACAUUUAUUUCCUUAUUGCAUGGCGAAGUGUACAAGUUUAACGUUGAUUGCUUGGAGAAAUUUUAGUUUGGUAGAUAUCGGAAGAACCUUGCUAUGAUAUAAUUAUGUUUUCUGUGUGCAAUUAGGAGCUAUAUAUAUAGAGUUUGUUGUUUGAUCUAAAGUUGUGUAUAGGUAGUUACUUAAAUAUUAGUAUUCAUUUUAAUUAAAUCACAUCAUUUGACAACCAACAUUCAAAAAAUAUUGUAAUACACAAAUAUUUUUUAAUGGUAGUCAUGUCUACAAGCUGUACUUCUAUCAUUUUUCAUAGAUAAAGGAAAAAUGUGUAAACUACAUCAAAUUCUAUCAGACUUGAGAAAUAUUAAAUUCCAUAGACUUGACGUGCAUUCAUGUUUUGCAGAAAUUUGGAUUAUUAAUUUCAUACAUGCAAGGAAACAUGAUUUGUUGGUAGAUUGAAUGUGAUAUUAGGAAAUGAAAAGUUGAACUAAAUUUAAAUUCAUUAUAAUUUGAUUUGGACAAGGUUUUUGCCUAAUAUAUGGGUAUGAUCUGAAUUCUUCUUUAGCUACCCAUUUUGACCAAGAUCUCUAGUUGAAGUAGAUAAAUAGUUGGAUUCCUUUUUGUCCCCUGCUCUUGUAGUGUGUGUUUCUUCUUUUACAUGAUCUUGACAGCAACUUUUUGAGUGGUUAGUGCUUCUCACUUAUCAUCUCAUUUAACUUUCCCUGUCCUACUAAAGUGAACUGAAACUUUAUAUAGUUAAAUUCCAUAUACUUGAGAAUAAUACUUAGAAACAAUUCCAAACAUCUUUUAUCGCAACAUGAUGGCAAUAUAUUUUGGCCCAAAUAUGUUGUAUUCUUCAACCAAGCAAUAUAGCAUAAUUAGGAAUAUUGCAUAAGUUCAACAAAAAUGGUAGAAGCUGAUUAAAAGUUGUUUCCUGCAUAAGAAUGUUUAUCUCAGAAAUUAUUAAUUCUUUUUAAAUACAUUCAACUGAUUGUAUCUGUGCAACAUAUCUAACUGAUAUGAAAACUUGAUUGAUAGAUCACAAUGGUGCUAAGUAGAAGAGGAGUUCGUGGAUGAGGGGGAGGCUUUAGGGGCUUUGCGCAUAGGGGGGUUAUAGAAGAUGAGCAAUCACCACCAAUGACACACGGACCCAGACUAAGAGAUGACAGCCCAUCCUCGUCGGAUGACUCUACCCAACCACCAGAUGUGGUCCUUGAAACCGAGUUUCCAGAUCAGAUGGAUUGUACAGGUAGAUUGGCAUGUCUUUUAAUUUUACAUGAGGCCAAAUUUACAAAACAUUUGAGAUUUUUUUUUUCUUAUAUAUCCAACAUGCUACAUGGCCAGUUUUUGUUUGUGGCUAUCAUAUAUAGUAUUGAUGUGAUUUUUUUUCUUUAAAUGAGAGUUUUAGUAUCUGCGAGUAAGAAAAAGGGCCGUGGACAGGUAAAGGGGGCCAAGUUUGACAUGUUGCGAAAGCUUGGACCGAUUAGUGUGAUGAUCAAGGAUGGAGACUCAAAAGUAUCAUGCGAGAAUGCAAGCAUAUUUAGUGGAAGAGUGUCAUGGAUUGUGAAACAGUAUGCUGACAUGAGUUACGAACGUUGGAAUGAUGUGCCUGAAGUGGAAAAAGAUGAGUUGUGUAGUCGCAUCCGCGCUGAUUUUGUCCUACAAUAGGAUAAAAAAAACCAUCGAAAGGCGGUUACUGACCAAUUGCGGAGGAGAUUUAACUCUUUCCACUAUGAGUUGCAUAGAAUAUACAAAAGUUAUGAAAGUCAUAAAAUGGCAUUAGCAAAAGGAACUGACUUGGUGGAUGAAGCGGUUUGGAGAAAAUUAUGCAUUAAAUGGGGGAGUAAAGAGUUCAAGGCAUUGUCGUUGAAAAACAAGUUGAAUAGGGAACAACUACGUACUAACCAUACAGCAGGAAGGAAGUCCUUCGUUCGAUUAAUAGAAGAGAAGCGGGAAAGUGUUACCAAUCUGGUUGAUUUUUAUAAAGAGAGCCGAUGGUCAUGGAAGAAGGGAAAGUUUGUGACAGAAGUAAAUGAAGAUCUCUAUAAACAAAUGGUGGAGAAGUUGAAUUCCAUGGAACCCGAAGCUCGAACUAAGGAGGCAGCAGCAAUUGUUUUCAGGGAGGUUUUAGGCAAAUCAUCUGGAUAUGCCAAGGAUUUGGGUGGGACGACUAUGUUAGAAACAUCAAGAACAAUGGGAAGUGGUGAGAAUGCAGGUGCAUUGUCAGAGGAUGCUCAGUAUUAUAAGAACAAACUUGAAACACUAGAAGCACAUGUUCAAGAACUUUUGAUAAAACAAGACGAGUUUAAUAGAUUCAUGAUGAAUUCAAGGUCACAGCAGCAAUCACAAGGAGGGUCUCCAAGGGAGACUCAAUUUGCUGUCUAACUUUGGUUAAAAGUCAAUUUUUGAGUUUUUUGAAUUUUGGGAGACAACGGGAUGGCAAUAUUUUGGUGGUCGGGUAGAUAUAUUAUAUAUGUAGGUGGCGUUGUUUUGGUCAUGGAUAGUUUAUCUCAAGGUUGAAAGGUGAUUGAUGGAUUGCAGAAUUUUGUGGUUGGAAAUGUGAAGACAGAUAAAUGUGGUUGCAAUAGACAGUUUUUGAAUGUCAUAGUUCUAGCCAUGGAGCACAGCUAAGUUGACAACAUUUGGCAUACUGCUUAUGUAGCUACAUGCCUUUUGAAAGUUGUGGGGCCAUUCAACAUAAAAGGUAAAUAUGCAAAUCUAAUGAGUUCAUUGGAAAUAUAAUAUUUUGGUCUGAUUAAUUAUAAAAAAAUAGUAUAUAUGUACUGCUGGAUGUUUAUUAUUGAAUACUAGUUUGAGUACUAACUACUAUUUCCAGAUAUACGUGCUUUUGGCUGUUGAUUAAAACAUAAGUUGAAGAUUUAGAGCAAAUUUGCUCUUGAUCAUAAUUGUUGCAUUGAUUUAGACUUCCAUUAGUCAUUUGCUCUUGAUUAUAAUAGUUGCAUUUGUAUGACUUUAUUUUUGUUUUGUUUUUUGUUUUUUCCCUAUACCUAGAGAUAUUUUGAAUUAGUUGUUUAUUUAAUAAUGUGAGAAUGUGACAUUCAUGUAUAUGGGAUAUUAAGUUUCUAACAACUUAAUACAUGUUGGUUUACUAGUCUUUCAUUCCCUAGUUAAACAACUUAUUGGUGUUGUGUUUGAGUAUAGACAGAUUUGUAUUUAUAGAUAUUGACUAUUUUGAUUUUGUUGAUUGUGUUGGACUUGGAAGGAGGUGUGGUUGGAGUUGUAGUGGAGUUAGAGGUGAUGUAUAAGAUUGUGAAAUUUGAUAUUUGUGUUAUUGUUCUAUGUGGAGUUUAUUUGGACCUUCUUUUGAGUAUGUGCAUGUAGUUGGUGUGGUGUUGAGAUUAUUUAAGUUGGGGAAUUGUGAAGAAGCACAAUUAUUGUGUUAGUUGAGAUUUGUGAAUCCAUGUGGUUACUUUAGUUGUUUUGUAUUAACUUAAAUGGAUAAUGAGUUUAUUUAUGUAUAUAUGGAUUUAGUUGAGGAAUUAGUUGGAUCUUACUUAAAUGUGAUGGUUUAUGUUUUGAAUAAUUAUUCCAAGUAUGUGGUCCACGAAUUGGACAGAUUUGUUUAUGUUGGAGGUGUUGGUUGUGUGGUUUGUGUAUGAAACUUAUAAAGUUUAGUCAUUGUGUUUGACUUGGUGUAUGAAUGGUAUGGACUGGUUUUAUAUAUUGAAAGUGUUGGAUCAGGAGCUUGCUAUGGAAUAUGUGUGUUUGUGUUGUAUGGCAAUGCGAAUAUGUAUGUAUUACCAAAUUGAUUGUAAAUUGGGUAAAGUGUUUGUGAAAGUUGGGUGAUUUGAUUCUAUGCAUAUUGAAUGUAAUAUGAAGUUUAUAUGAUUAUUUGGAUGUUUGAUGAUGGAAGUAAUUUCAAAAUGCAUGAUUAUGUGUAAGCUAGACUAUGUUUAUAAUUGAAUUGUAUUGAGGUGUUAUAUAUGACUGUAUUGAGUAUGGGUUGAGAUGGUGUGUCUUGAAGUGUUGGUUUUAAUUGGCCAGGUUUGUAUAUUUAAUGCGCUAACUAUGAUAUAAGCAAGUCUUUGGGUAUGUUAAUAGCUCAUGGUGAUGGUUUUCAGGAUUUUUGGGCAUCUUUACCAAUCCUGCUAUUAUUGCACUCUCUCUCUCUAUUUUCUCAUUAUGCAGAAAAGUGUUAUUCUAGCAAUCACAAAGCUAAUGGGUGCUCGAGAAGAGAUUAGAUCCAAGAUUUUUGGCAAAUUCUCACUAUGCUUCCAUCAAGAACAUUAUAAGAAAUUUUUGUAGUUUGCCACAUAUAUAGUUGUCUACCAUAGUGUAGCACUAAGCUUGUGCAGAAGAACAUUGUAAGAAGUUGCUUGGCUUAUGUUGUUUAGGUACAUUCUAUAUAUGUAUAUAUAUUGGUACUUUAGUUGACUUAUCAUGAGUACUCAAGGGAAGAAAGUACUACUCAAUAGCUUUCUAUAAAUAUAUAGAUGACAUUAACUCUAAAUGAAAGCAGUUAUAUAUUUUUAGUUUA